GGUCACAUUGAGAAAUUGCAUUUAUUGGUUGGUGAACUUGAUUCAUUAGAAUUUCUUUUUCCCAUCCGUAGCGGACUGGUGUCGUGCUAUCCAAAUGGGUAAACCCCGGGGAAUACGCACGGCGCGUAAGCACGUGAACCAUCGGCGUGAGCAACGAUGGGCUGAUAAGGAUUACAAAAAAGCCCACAUGGGCACGAGAUGGAAGGCCAACCCUUUCGGUGGUGCAUCUCACGCUAAGGGCAUCGUCCUAGAAAAAGUUGGUGUGGAAGCCAAACAGCCCAACUCUGCCAUCCGUAAGUGUGUGCGUGUCCAGCUGAUCAAGAAUGGUAAGAAGGUGACGGCCUUCGUGCCCCGGGACGGUUGUCUCAACCACAUUGAAGAGAACGACGAAGUGUUGGUUGCGGGUUUCGGUCGUAAGGGUCACGCCGUUGGUGAUAUUCCCGGAGUCAGAUUUAAGGUCGUGAAGGUAGCUAACGUCUCACUUCUAGCCUUAUACAAAGAAAAGAAAGAGAGGCCACGAUCAUAGACAACCUACACUGUGAUAAGUGUCCUGCCGCUGAAAAGUGGUGUUGUUUAUAAGUGUACUUUAUAAAAAUGUAAAAUCAAGUGCGUAAAUAAAUUUAUGUACAACCAA